UAAUUUUAUAUUAUCCCAAUAAGGAAAACUAAAUUUGUUUCAAAUGCAUUGUUAAGAAACUGAAAUUGGUUUUCUGAUAUGCCUAAAGUAACUCAUUCAAUUGGUUAAAAAAGAGAAAUAAUUAACCUUAUGUACCCAGUAAUAUCUCCGUUAGCCCAUGCCAACCACUCAGUUCCUUCCUCCAAUACCACUGUCCUACCAGAAUAUACACACAAAUUCAGGUAUCUUGAAUUUCUACACUUUGAUGGCCAAAUUGGGCAGAUCUGUGAGGGAAGUAGUACUAAUAUUUUAAUAGUAAAGUGUAUUUGUUUCAAAUCUUUACUGCUCCAAACUGAUUGGAAGUUGUUUCAUAACUUUCUUUUCUUAUAGCUUUUCCAAUAUUAAGCGUGACAAACUUACUCAUAGAAAUAGUUAAUAACAUUAUAUACCCAGUCAAAUUGCAGUAAACUUUCACUUUGUAUUAAAAAGUAGCCUUUCCCCCCCUCCCGUUUGGCCUGCUUUAAUCCUUCUCUUGAUCGAGAGAAGCCAUUAAGAUCAAAGCUGUUCCUUUGGGUUGUUUACUUUUUGUUGUAACAGAUCCUUUUAAAGCUCUCACAGAUCUGCCCUUUUGCCUUUGGAAGGUCUGCUCCUUGAUAAUGAAGGAGAGCUCCCUGUGCCUGUAGUUUAAGGAAGGUCUGGGGGAGGAAAGGAGGGAAGAAGGUAAAGCUCAAAAUGAGUGUUGUGCAGUGUGACACCAGCACUGUACCCUUCCCCCUAGCAUCAGGAGGACUCUCCCAGAAGAAGAAAAGAUUAGGGGAAAAUAGAAAUCUAUGAUUCUGCCUUCAACCUUCCUCUCUGCUGUGUGUUUGCAUUGAAAGGCAGCCACAUUGCUGCAGCCCUCAGAGCAACAAAACCAGAUGCAGCUUGGAGAUUCCAACAAGAAAUAAUCUAGUUUUACAAAGCUAAAGAACCAAAAUUUGCUCUUGUCACAGCCUGAAGAGAAGGAAGUAGAAACUACUUGUGGGUCUUUGGGAAAUGAUUGGAUGGAAAAACCAGAGAAUACGUCCCACCCCAACCCUUCUGAACAACAAGAAGCCAACUGUAAUGGACAGACCUCCUCUGUUAGAGAAAACACCAAGAGCAGUGCACACUUCAGAUCCCCAUCACACCAGGGGACAAGUGAAAAGAGAAAGACAGUACCCCCGGGUAAGCCCAACCAGAAAGACAGAGACACCAGCUUGAACUGGUUUGACUACAUGGCAAGUGAGCACAUAGGUUCUGAAAACAACUUGGCUCUGUCUCCUGUUCCCAGCAUGACCAAGGACAGCAUGGCUUCAGUGGCACCCAAUGACAACUCCCAUGGCAAGGAAAAAAGAGCAAGGAGCAAAGUGGAAACUGACCAGCUUCCAGCAGCAGCCAAUACAGAUGCUCCACUGACUCUCAAGAGGCCUUUUCAUUUUGCUAAAAAAAAACCCAACCAGUCAGAAACAGUUACUGAGGAAGCAGUGUCUCCAGAAGGGCCUGAUUCAGUGAUUACUCAGCAUGUCCCUAAGAGACAGCAGAAAUCCCAGGAGUUCUCUGCAAAGGCACUAAACUCCCAGAUUAUUUUGCCUCAUCCUCCUGCUGAGAUAACUGGGGAAGUUUUAAAUUCAGAAUCUGGUUUAACUCUCCCUCAUCAUCCUCACCUUACUCCCUUACAGAGCACUCCUUCAGAGGAAAGUCUAGCAUCUGCCAUGAGCAAAAGCCACAAAACUGAGAAUGAGGUAGAAAAGAUAACAAGGAGUGCCCCUGACCAUGAGAGUGAUGAGGUUCCAGGUCUCCCAUUGGCUAAACUGGCCAAGUUUACAUUCAAACAUAAGUCAAAGCUCACCCACUCUUCUGGAAACAACAAUCACGCUCUUCUUCCUGCCACAAGUAAAAUUUCAGUGACACGUCCUAGGAUUUCUAGCCAUAGAACGAAUGAAGGACAGCCAGAGGAAGAAGAAACAUGCCACGGGAAGGAUCCAGAAAAGCCAGUGUCUGUUUCUGGGAAGAGAAGAUUAAUGGAGCUAAUGCACAGCGAGACUAGGGAGGUGGCCCAGCAGCCACAAAAGAAAGAUGAGGCAAGAGAAUCUGGCCUGGCCACUCACACUAAAUCUGGGGUUGAAAACCAGGCCGACCAUUGCCUCUUUGCUGGUGAGAGAGAGAAAAAGGAGGAUUCAUCCAAUCUUAAAAGCAAGGUUCAAACUUGCACGUUAACUAAAUUAGCAAGCUUCUCCUUUACUGGCCCUUCUGAAUCCAAACCAAGGACCCCGCCCACUCCUGGCAAUACAAACUCUAGCGGGGGAGGCCUGAGCCAUCCUCCUACAGGCCCAUCUGUAUCCCUUGGCAGAAGGAAAACUUUUCAGUUGGAGGGGGCUGGAGAGAAAGCUGUCAUUUCAGGAAAAUCUCUCUUCACCUUAACAGAACUAGAUGAUGAUGAUGAUGAUGCAUUAGAUUUUGAUUGGGAGGAAGAAAUGAGGAAGAAUCCCAAAUUGUAGAGUGCCAUCAUUCUUCCUGCAGUAGAGCACCUUCAGGGUAUCAGUGAUGUGCUCUCCUGUGACCAGCAGCAAAGCGUCCGAUGAAAGGGAGAUGGGACCUUCAUCCCUGACACUCUGUCAGGGUUUGUGAUUUUUACUAUGAGCUCCUGUGUGCCUCUACACAAUUUGAAAAAGUUGUGUGGUCAUUUUAAGUCAGUUUAGUGGCAUGUGCUCAUAAGAAAUAACUCAGUGACUUUGUUCUUAAUUCUGUUAACAAACUACUUGUGUUCCAAUAGAUGUUUUCUGUUAAGCUGGUCUCUCCUGGAUCCCUUGUUCCAGUCACUUGUUAACAAGAGCUAAGGCCAGGAAAAAAGCAAAUGAGCCUUAAUUUUUUACCUUCCUACAUCUGGAUUCUUUGGGAUAGAUCAUAGUGAAAUUACUGCCAUUAAGGAUAUGUGUUUUGCAAAUAUCAUGUGACUUUCUUUGCCUGUCAUUUUUGUGUUUCUUAUCACAUGUCUGAUUUAGAUUUGUCUGAAAUGUUUUCUUUUUUUAUGAAUUUGCCUUCCUCAUUGCAUGGUAAUGACUAAAGUAUGCAAUUACUGUUCUUUAUCAUCUUUGUAUUAUGUUGGUCUUGAGUUAAACUUUUCUGGGGUUUUCAUCUCAUUUAAAGGCCACCAUUUUCUAUCUUAGGAUAUACUUUUCAUUUGGAAGGGAGAAGAAAAGGAUGUGGGAUAGGGCUAAAUCACACGUCGUAUGUCUGCUAACCAGAUAGACGAAAUGGAAUUGUGAGCCCUACUUGAGUGAUUUAUUUGCCUCAAACAGAUUCUUCCUUUGGGUUCCCAUGUAUGUUUCUAGCGCUUCACAGGGCGCCAUCAUCAUGUUUUUUUCUCAUCUGAAGAAUGAAUUUUCAUUUCUGAAAUGUGUUUACCCAAGCCAUCUGGGGGUAAAAAACCUGUAGUAUAAAGGACCAUAAAAAUAUAUAUAUAUAUAUGAAGAAAAAAGAUUUAAGAAUUAUCCCUUAACUCUGAAUUAGCUUGUCAGACGGUUUUUAUUUCAAGUCUGUGAUCUCAUUGCAAAUACUUUCAUAGUGUCAGAACAUUUAAACAGUAAAAGUUACACCAUCUUCUGUUUCUCACACUGUACUGCACCAGAUUCCAUUCUAAUGUGCUUGUGCUGAAGCAUGGAUUGGAUAAUAUUGUGAAUCUUCUGUCUCCUAAUGAAGAUAUGUUCGUGUGUCAUUCUGUGAAUGUGCAGUGGUGUAGGAGAAUUUCCUUCUUCUCUUCCUGCCUUCUUGCCUACCUACCUGUCUUCCUUCUUGCCUUUCCAUAUUUUUGAGAAAUAAAAGGAGAAAUACAAAUAUUAUGGAUUGUUAUCUUUGAUCCAUGUUAACCAAAAUAUACAAUUUUCUUUUGCUAAAGACAUACCUAAUUUUAGAAUAGCACAAGUUCGUUCUUAAUUGAAUGAGAUUAAUUUUCCAUUCUAACAAACACUGGAGGAAAGUGACUUUUUAGCACUAACUUUGUAUUAAAUCUCUUAAAUUGUAAAGUACUCUUGAUUUUUGUAUUUAAGAUGUAUCCUUUCUCAUAGUACAGUACUUUCUGCCCAAUUGAUAGAAUGACUUGGAGACUAGUUACAGAGUAAGUAACUGUCCACACAUCAAAAGAAUCCUUAGACAAAUCCUCAAGCAGAUCCUUAACUUUAAGGAAAUCUUAACUCUGCCCUGGAAAUAGAAAACCUGCCAGAGGCAGAGGCCACAUUGGACUAGAAACUUAGUGAUACCCCUAAGUAGAAUGCCUUGAAGAUAUGGGAAAACAGGAAGAAUUUGAAUUUAAUAGAUUAAUAACAUAUAAUACUUUAAAGUUACAAAGCACUUUGACUUACAUUAUCUCAUGUUUCAUUACUGACAUUCCCAUUCCUCCCCACAUAUUGGAUUGUCAGUGGCCCUGGCCCUGCACAACGAAAGAGCAUGGAGAAGCCCUGCUGUCCUUUGUGUCAUGUACAUGUACCUAGGGUAAAAGCAAGCAACUGGCCUACAUUUUGCCUCUGACUUUAGGGUCUGUAAGCUCCUUAUUGUACAAAGAGAGGAGACCUCUUGGUGGCAAACAAGGAAAAGCCCACUCUUACCCCCAAACAACCACACAGAUUAUUCAUAGGGAAGAUUGGAGGUUGUGAGAUAAUUGACUCUCAAGUUAUUCCUCUCCUUUCUCCUGCCUCAGUCCUACUCUCACUUUUCCACCUACAAUGCUUAUAGAGAGAACACAUUGGAGAUAUUUGUAGUAGGGAGUUACUUGUCUCUGAUAACUUGAAAUUGUUGUAGUUUUAAAAUAAUCAUAAUGUAAAUUUGAAAAUAAAGACAAAUAUUA